AUGACUUCAUUAUUAAGUUUUAAAGAACGUGACUAUGUUCCAGAAAGGCUUGUUACUAUGUCGGAAAUUAAGGAAGAACUGACAAGAAUGAAUAGUGACAUUAGCGAUUUCGCGGGAACAUUGACACCACCACCACUUGAUAAAAAAACUUUUAGUAUAGUAAUUCAAAAAGGACAAAAGGCAGUAACUAAAGACACUACGGAUUCCUCUGUUCACACCCCUACUGAUGAAUCUAUCAUAACUGAUCAUAUGAAAAAUGAGGAGGCUAAACUUAUCAACGAAAGUGAAAGAGAAAAUCUUAAAAUUUUGAAGGAAAAGGCAGUGGCUGAUUAUGACGCACUCGUUGAUAAGCAAAGAGUUCAACGUCUGAAAUUCUUAUUAGAAAAAUCAUCGCUUUAUGCACAAUUCUUAGCCAAUAAAAUGGAACGGCAACAAGAAGAACAACGUGAGCGUACUCAAGCUGAAGAAGGAAGACGCGCUAACGCGAGAGAAAAAGAAGAUAGAAUACAAGCUGGCCCAACGCGUCGAUCAUCAAGGAUUAGUGCGAAAAUUGCAGAUGCCGAAUCUACAGAAUCAUCUGUUAAGCUGGCUACAAAAAAGAAAAGCAAUGCUGGAAGGAAGAGAAAAGCUAAUGACGCUAACUAUAACUUAUCAGAUUAUUUGGAAAAUAAAGAGCUCCCAAAGCGUCGUAAGAGUUCUGACUCUUUGACAGCUCCUGUAGACACUUCAUCCCAAGCAGACUUGGUCGAUACUGAAGAUGACGGGCCCAUAACAACCGUUAAAGACGACGAUUCAAAACCAAAAUCUGUCAUAUCUGCUCGUCAACCACGAUUGGUUACUGGUGGUGUCCUUCGUGAAUAUCAGCUAACUGGUGUUGAAUGGCUUGUUAGUUUGUAUGAUAAUGGAUUGAAUGGGAUCUUGGCCGAUGAAAUGGGCUUGGGCAAGACACUGCAAACUAUUGCUUUUUUGGCUUAUUUAUGGGAACGUAAAAUUUAUGGUCCAUUCUUAAUUGUCGCUCCACUUUCAACACUAGCAAAUUGGAUCAGUGAAAUUCAUAGGUUUACACCAACAAUACCUUGUGUGUUAUACCAUGGUACACCUGAACAAAGGGCACAUAUUAGAAGCAGGAAGCUAAAAAAGCUGGAUCAUACUUUUCCAAUCGUGGUCACAAGCUAUGAAAUUGCGAUGAAUGAUCGCAAGUACCUUCAGAAAUUCGCCUGGAAGUAUAUUGUUGUCGAUGAAGGACACAGAAUCAAGAAUUUAAAUUGUAAACUUAUCCGAGAACUUAAGACUUAUCAAUCUGCGAAUCGUUUACUUCUAACGGGAACACCAUUACAAAACAAUCUCGCAGAGUUAUGGAGCCUUUUAAAUUUUCUUUUACCUGAUAUAUUUGACGAUUUAGAUAGUUUUCAAGACUGGUUUGACUUUUCUGCUCUUCAUGAGCAAGAUGGGGAAACUCAGAUCCUGGCAAAAGAACAGUCAAACGAAGUCAUAAGUAAUUUGCACAAAAUCCUAAAACCCUUCUUGUUACGACGUAUAAAAAGUGAUGUUGAAUAUGAUCUACCUAAAAAGAAAGAAUAUCUGUUGUAUGCUCCAUUGACAUUGCAACAGAAAGAAUUAUACGAUGCUAUUUUGAGCAGAAACAUUCGUUCUUUUCUGCUAGCAAGAAAAAUGGGAACAAUACAUGAACAGGAUUCUACCGAUAUGGAAAUUGAUGAAUCAGAACAAAAUAAGUCUAAUCCUGAAGAAGUAAAUGAUUGUACAAAUGAAGAACAGACCGAAGAUCGUAAACAGUCAUUACGUACUUUACCACGAAAGACAUACAAAGAGAUCACAGACCUUGAAUUCUUUGAUUCUUUGGAGAUGGAAGAAUCAGAACCUGAAGUGGAUGAAGAGGAAGCAUUGAAAAAUUCCAUUAAAACUGAGUUGGACAUUAAGACUCGAAAAGCCGUCAAAUCGAUUAAUUCAAUGAGACUUCAGAAUGUGGUUAUGCAAUUACGUAAAAUUUGUAACCAUCCAUACCUUUUCGAUUGGCCUGUUGAUAAGGAAACGGAGUUGCCGAAAGUCACCGAAGAAUUGGCAGCAGCAUCUGGAAAGAUGAUCUUGUUAGAAUGUUUGCUUGAAUCCUUAUUUGAACGUGGUCAUAAAGUGCUUAUUUUUUCACAAUUCACUACUAUGCUUGAUAUAAUUGAUGAUUGGGCUACUAUGUUCAAGGGUUGGAAAGUAUGUAGAAUCGAUGGUAAAAUAGGCCAAGAAGAUAGACGACAACAGAUUCACGACUUUAACACAAAUCCAGAGAUACGGCUUUUCAUUUUGUCUACUCGUGCUGGUGGAUUGGGUAUGGUGUUAAUAGUUGCAGAAAGUAUUAAUUUGACGGCAGCAGAUACUGUUAUAAUUUAUGAUAGUGAUUGGAAUCCGCAAAUGGAUCUACAAGCGCAAGAUCGAGUUCACCGUAUCGGUCAAACGAAACCUGUUAUAAUUUAUCGGUUGGUUACUGCAAAUACAGUCGAAGGUAAGAUCUUGGAGAAGGCGACUGCCAAGCGAAAAUUAGAAAAAUUGGUGAUUCACAAGGGCAAGUUCAAGUUGCCCGCAUCACGUGACCUUCCAAUAGCAAACUUGGCGGAAUUGGCUGAAAUAUUAAUGGCUGAUGAUAGUGAAAAGUUUCAAUUGGCUCAGCAUGGAGACGCUGUAAUUCCAGAAUCCGAUUUAGUGCGAUUGAUGGAUCGAAGUGAUACUGCUUUCGAAAAAGUUGGUACUGCGGAGGCGCAAGAAGAAAAGGGUGUUAUGUUCAAAGUAAUUUCUGAAGUUAGAGACACAAACAAUGAUGCACUCGCACAAAUCAGUAAAAGUCCGGUAUAG